UCCUCCUCCUUAUUCUAAUAAAGCGAAAACGUGUUGCCGACAACCAUGUUGUGGACCGAGUGUGUGCGUGAAUUAUUUGUGCUUGUCCUGUUUGUUCCAGAGAUCCAAUAUCGACCCGGAUUCCGUUCGAUAAAUCGAUGAUGAGGCCAUGAUGUCGAGUGGCGGAGGUGGCCGAUCUGGCGGCGGAGGCGGCGGAAAUAGCGGUGGAGGAAAUCCUUUGGACCGAUUGGAGCAACAAUUGGAACGCUCGAUUGAGAACGUGCGACAGAUCAAAAUCAUCGUCAGUGAUUUCCAACCCCAAGGACAGCCCGCCCUCAAUCAGAAACUUCAACAAGUGGUCAAGGAUCUGCAAGAGAUUGAUAAGCUUCGACCGAAAGUUCAAGACUUACAAGUGCCACUCGAAGUGUUUGACUACAUCGACGAGGGUCGGAACCCGCAAUAUUAUACCAAGGAUUGCAUGGAAAAGGCCUUGGCCAAGAACGAAGAGGAACGAGGCAAAAUCGACGCGUAUCGCAUGUUCAAAGCUCGUUUGAUGCUCGAGCUCACCAACGUGUUUCCGAAGCAAAUGGCCAAUUACCGCGCUCUCCGCGGCGAUGAGCGAGUGACCAACACGCCUUAGAUGAAUGAAUGACUUCAUGCAAUCUGCUCAAAAGAGUUUAUGAAAUCGGGUGGGUUAGUUCAUCAGUCAAAUCGAGUGGGCAUUCAAGCCGAGUGGAGAAUGAAGCGUGCCGUCUAUGACGAUGUGGUGAGUUUCAUCCAAGCUCAACGCUGGCACUUUGACAAUUGUUUGUUGGCCUUGGAAAAGGCCUUUCCUCAAGAGCAUCCUCGCACCUUGCGCAGCAUCUUAGGCCAAGAGUACCAAAAGGUCAUCAAGAAGCGCUUCCCCGUGUACAACACACCCAGCAAGAAGGCUGAAAUCUAUCGUGACUAUCAGAAUCUCGCCCAAAAGAGGUCAGAAGCCGAUCCCAUCGGAAAACUGUCUUCCAAAUUACAUUUCUCGCAAUUCCUCACCGCCCGAAUCAUCCUUGAAGAGCACAUUAGAGCCCAGCCCCAUCUCUAUUUGGACGAGGGUGCGACCGUCACGAAAUACUUGGUCAAUCAGUUGGCCAAGAACCCGAACCUGGUGCUCGACCCCGAGCUCGCUACCCACAUCAAGUGGUGCAUUCACGCCGAUCCUUUGUACGGACCCGUGGUUGAGGGCAUCAAGCAAGCCGUGGGUAUCGAGCACGAAAUUCGAUUACAACGAGAACUCCGUCAACUGGACAUUGACUUUGAGGACGAGAAUUACUUCCGAAAAGUGGGUUGCGACAAGACUCCGGAUGUGAAGCUCGUCGUCCCGUUCAGUGUGGGUCCUAACAUUGUGAAUUGGGUCGAGAGCAAGGCCUUGUUUGGCGAUCACGAAAGCCAUGCCACCUACAUGAAGAACCAGCUUUACAGCUAUUGGAACCGUUUCGGACCUGGAAUGGUCAUCUACUGGUUCGGAUUCGUCGACGAUUUGAACACGAAGAAGCAUCAAGGGAUCUUGGUGUGCGAUAAUCUCCCAUUGAAGAGCAUCUCGCAGCUGGAACUGGAAUUCAAGUGGGACGUGGAUGCUUGGUUGGAGCAAGAAGAGCGCGAGCAAGCCGAUUCCGAAUUGGUCAUUACCGAAAGACUCCACCAACUCCAAGUGUGACUAAACCGUGUUUGAACGCCCAUCCCCCUGAUUAAAGACAAAAUGGCCAGUCAACUGAAUCGAUGUGUCAGUGAGGGUGACAAGUCCACGCUAAAGAUUGCCGUGGUGUGCUCUAGUAAUAUGAACCGAUCCAUGGAAGCACAUGGCUUCCUCCAGAAGAAAGGGUUCAAUGUCAUGUCCUUCGGCACGGGGGACAAGGUCAAAUUGCCCGGCCCAGCCAUGGAUCGACCCAACGUGUACGAUUUUGGCGUGUCCUACGAUGAGAUCCAUUCGGAUCUAGUGCGAAAAGACAAAACACUGUACACUCAAAACGGCAUUCUCCACAUGCUGGAUCGCAAUCGGCGGAUCAAACGAGGCCCACAGCGAUUGCAAGAGGCCAAGGACAGAUUCGACCUAAUUAUCACGGCCGAGGAGCGCGUGUACGAUCAAGCCCUCGAUCAUUUCGAGAAUAAGGGCGGUGUCAUCUAUCAGCCCGCCCAUGUCAUCAAUAUCGACAUCCAAGACAAUCACGAAGAGGCUACGAUUGGCGCGUUUCUGUUCUGCGAGCUCGUUCAACUCCUGGCUGAUUCGUCCGACCUGGAUGACGAGAUUGAUGAACUACUCCAAACCUUUGAGGUCAAGGCCAAACGCGCCAUUCUCCAUACAGUGGUCUUUUACUGACAGCCGUAGUGUGUAAUCGCAACGAAUGUUUCUUGAAUUAACGAAAAAUGAACAAUGUAUUGUCAACCAAACCCAA